AUGGGCCUUCUUACCGCCGAGAUUAUCACGGACCUCAAGACAGAAGGCUUUGCUGCACAAGAUAUCUCAUCGGCUGUCGCGUUGAUGGUCGGCAUAUACUCGCUCAUCGUUGGACUGCUCAAACUCGGGUUCAUUCUGGAAUACAUUUCAGUCCCAGUCCUAUCCGGAUUUCUGUCUGCAGCUGCCAUCACGAUUCUUUUGGGCCAGGUUGGCUCGCUUGUUGGCCUGAGCGAUGUUCCCUCGGGCACCUCAGCUAUCAUCAGUAACGUUCUAUCACGUAUCCCAGAGAUGGAGCCUCUCACUAUCGCUAUUGGGUUCAGUGGUAUUUUGAUGCUGUACAUCCUCGAGUUCAUCGGAAAGAAGUGGGGGAAGAAGAACGCAGCAGUCAAAUUCGCCUGCAGUAGCCGAGCAGUCAUCCUAUUGCUCAUCUACACCACAAUCAGUUUCUUGGUCAACAAGGAUAGAGCAGACCCCUUGUGGGCCAUCAGUAAGGUCAAGGCCAACGGCCUUCAAGCGCCAAAAAUUCCUGCCGGAGACCUCGUCUCCAAGGUUACCACCAGAGCAAUCGCCCCUCUGGUAGCUUCGGCCCUGGAGCAUCUGGCCAUUGGAAAGGCUUUCGGCCGGAAGAACAAUUACGCAAUCGACGAAAGCCAAGAGCUCUGUUAUCUUGGUAUCACAAACACCAUCAAUAGCCUUUUCGGAGCAAUGAGCGUGGGCGGUGCCAUGUCAAGGACAGCUGUGAACUCAGAGUGCGGUGUUAAGAGCCCGCUCAGCGGCGCCUUUACCGCUGGAUUUAUUCUUCUUACGCUGUACAAGCUUUCAGGAGCUCUAUUUUGGAUUCCUAAAGCCACUCUUUCCGCAAUUAUCAUCAUGGCCGUCAUACACAUCAUUGGCCCUGUUUCCGUAUUCUACCGUUACUGGCGUAUCUCGUUCAUGGACUUUGUAGCUUCGAUGCUCUCCUUCUGGGUCACGCUUUUUGUGUCUACAGAGAUGGGCAUUGCUUUUGCGGUAUUGUUCAGCAUAGGAUACACCCUGGUCCGAUCCGCAUUCCCGAAGGUCAAGACUUUCUCAGCAACAAGUGGCCAGAACCGCACGAUCCAGCGAGAGCAGGCAGCUGUACCUUCUGUUGCGGAAGAUACAUUCGUUCCCGAAGACGCCAUGUUGGUCAGUUUCACAGACUCAAUCUUCUUCCCCAACGCCGGCCGCAUCAAGAAGUCAGUGCUUGAAUCCGUCAAAGUACAGUUCGAACGACAAGAGGUUGGUGAUCAGUCACAGAGCAAGUCAGUCGACAGAUCUUGGAGUGUCGCAUCGUCUAAGCGCAUCGAAAUGUUGCGGAAGCGAGACAACGUCAUGCCCUCGAGCAAGCAGAUGGCUGUCAUGGUCUGGGACCUGACACAUGUGCCCUUUAUCGACGUGACCGGAGUACAGACGCUUUCUGAGCUGAAGGAGGAAACGAAACAACAUGUAGGAAAACAGAUGUCACUCAGGCUGGUAGGAAUGAACAGCAAAGCCCGCCGCAGAUUCUCUCGCGCUGGCUGGAAAAUCGUUCAAGACCGCGAGGUCGACGACUCAACUCCAGAGCACGUCGACGUUGCAUACGAGACCAUAGAGGCGGCUUUAUGGGAUAGAGAUUUUGCAGAUAGGGACGAGAAGUCAGGACUCCAGGGAAGAGCAUACUACAGCCCCCGGGAAGGGUCUCCAUAG